AUGAAUCACACCAUGAAUCACACCAUGAAUUACACCAUGAAUCACACCAUGAAUCACACCUCCCACACUGCCAGGCGGGCUGACACAAGCCGGAGAGGGCCCGGCGCCUCCGCAGCCGCCUUCCUCGUGCUUGGCCCACGCCAGUCCCUCGAUCCUGAGCGUCCUUUUCGGACCGUGCGCAAAAGGUUUCCCGCUGGCGAGCUGCAGAAGCCUUUCUUCUGGGGAGCAGAAUACCCGCGGUCCCUGAGUUACGGCGCGAUCGGAGUCAUUGUCGGGCACGAAUUCACGCACGGGUUCGAUAAUAACGGGAGAAAAUACGACAAAAACGGGAACCUCGACCCGUGGUGGUCCGCGGCCUCGGAGGAGAAGUUCAAGGAGAAGACACAGUGCAUGGUCAGCCAGUACAGCGGCUAUCACUGGCGGGAAGCGGGCUUGAACGUGAAGGGGAAGAGGACGCUGGGCGAGAACAUCGCUGACAACGGCGGCCUGCGCGAGGCCUUUCGGGCUUACCGGAAAUGGGUGAGCGACCGACGGCAGGGGGAUGAAGAGCCGCUGCUACCGGGCGUCGCGUUCACCAACAACCAGCUGUUCUUCCUGAGCUACGCGCACGUGCGGUGCGACUCCUACCGACCGGAGGCGGCCAGGGAGCAGGUCCGCAUCGGCGCUCACAGCCCCCCGCAAUUUCGGGUCAACGGCGCUGUUAGCAACUUCGAGGAAUUCCAGAAAGCGUUCGGCUGCGCUCCGCGUUCCCGCAUGAGCAGAGGCGGGAACUCCUGUCGGCUCUGGUAGCCGGGAGAGGCUCAGCUCCGCCCGCCUUUUCCCUUUAUUUCUUCGAGAAAUUUUAUUUUUUAACGCGUUUUUCAUUAUUCGGGUAGUCGACUUGCUGGGAUCGAAGCAGUAUCUGUUCAAAGUCCUUGGGCUUAAAAAAGAAUAUUCCAAAGCUGAGCCGAAUAUAUUUCGUAAGUUGCGCAAAUUUACUCUCUCGGCGUUACGAAGGGUUUAUCUUCAAAAAAAGCGGUGCUGGAUUUUGAUCCCCGGAGCAUUAUUUUUUAAAUCAGCAUCUUUCAUGCUGGUCCGUGUAGUGUUAGUGCGCGCAUGUUUGUAGGAUGAAACUGUGAUCGCAUUUAAGAGAGUGCGCAGGAUGAAACUGUCAUGGCGUUCAAGGGGCUCCUUGGUGUUCCUUGUUUAGUUUUAGCUUUAUUUAGGGUAGACAUUGUGCACGCGGUGCUGGGUUAAGUGGGCCGACAGAGAACCUCCGAAAGCAAAAUGACGAAUUCGCAUGAGCCACAGGAGGUCGUUUUGCAUCCUUUGCAUCCUUGUCGCUUGUUAUCCCUUUUGCAAAAAAAAAAAAAUAAAAAAUAAAUAAAAUAAAUAAAAAAUAAAAACUAAGUGGAAAAUGUGAUUAGUUUCUGGACG